AUAAUGACAUUGGAGGAACCAACAACAAAUCCAUUCAUCUCGAUUCAGGAUUAUGGAGCUGAUGAUGGAGCGGCAACUGCACCGCUGAUUAUAAAACGCGAGAGAGAGACAAAGUUGAUAAAGUUGCAGAGAAUGCUUGGACUGCGCGCAAAGAAGAAGAAGGAGAGAGACCCCAACCAGGAGAAGAUAUUCAAUGAGCGCUUCAGAGAACUGUCCUGUCUGCAGCCGGACGCGAUGCUGGCCCGCACUGGCACACAUGCCGGCGGUCUCACCGUCGAGGAGGCCGAGCGUCGACUCAAGGAGCAUGGCCGCAAUGUCAUCACCACGGUCAAGCCCACGCCAUGGUACAAGCUGUUGUUCACUGCCCUCACGCAUCCAUUCAACAUUGUGCUCACCAUCAUUGCCGUCGUGUCCAUCUCGACCAAGGACUACGCCACCUUCACCGUCGUCAUGACGAUGGUGUUGCUGUCGGCCGGUCUGCGUUUCUACGAGGAGCAAAAGUCCAGCAAAGCCUUCACCCAUCUCAAGUCUCUGAUCAAGACCACGGUGACCGUGCGUCGUCGUCGCAGCUCCAGUGACACUGAGGGCGAGGACAUCCCCAUUGACAUGGAGGAGGUUGUUAGCGGCGACCUCAUCCCACUAAAGGCCGGUGAUGUCUUCCCCGGAGACGUGCGCAUCCUUCAGUCCAACAGCAUGUUUGUGUCGCAGUCCUCACUCACAGGCGAGUUCCUGCCAGUGGAGAAGUCGGCCCAGCACUCAGUCGUCCAGACAUCGAUCUUUGACACCCCCAACGUCUGUCUGAUGUCCACCAACAUCGUGUCAGGCAGUGGCGUUGGCCUGGUCUUUGAGACUGGCUGUAACACCUACAUCUCGUCCAUCUCUGAGAUCCUCACCAGCACCAAGACCACCAAUGCCUUUGACGUUGGUGUCAAGAAGGUGGCCUACCUGCUCAUGGGCUUUGGCGUUGUGAUGGUGCCCAUCGUCAUCGUUAUCAACGGCCUUACCACACGCGACUGGUUCGACUCUGUCAUGUUUGGCCUUUCCGUAGCCAUUGGUCUCACCCCAGAGAUGUUGCCCAUGAUCCUCAAUGCCAACUUGGCAAAAGGUGCCGCCGACAUGUCCAAGAAGAAGACCAUCGUCAAGCAACUCCAUUCAAUCCAAAACAUGGGUGCCAUGGAUGUACUGUGUUCAGAUAAGACUGGCACAUUGACAGAGGAUGAUGUACGCCUGCAUUCAUACAUUGGAGCAGACAGGGAGCAGUAUGACAAUGUGCUCAAGUAUUCAUACUUGAACUCACACUUCCAGAAGGGUCUAAAGAACGUCCUGGACGAGUCCAUCAUCGAAACCUUCCAUAAUAAGCAGGGCGAUUCCACACCAUCUGGUGACGUCGACUAUAGAAUGAUCGAUGAGUUCCCAUUUGACUUUACUCGUCGUAGAGUAUCCGUCAUCUUGGAGAAGCAGAAUGGUGCAGAGGGCGAGAGACUGUUGGUUUGCAAGGGUGCUGUCGAGGAGGUGUUGUCCUGCUGCACCAGCGUUGCCAACGCCGCCGACAAGUGUGUCGACGAGCUCACUGAAGACUACAAGGAGCGUCUGUUGCAGAUCUCCCACGACCUCAACGUUGAUGGACUCAGAGUGCUGUCAGUGGCCACCAAGCGCGCCGACAUUGAAGGACCCGACCAUGUAUACGACGUGAGAACUGACGAGAGAGGCCUGACCUUCCACGGAUUCCUCGCCUUCAUCGACCCACCCAAGGCUGACUGCGCUGACGCCAUCCAGCUGCUGAGAAAGAACAACGUCCAAGUCAAGGUACUCACAGGUGACAACCUGGCCGUGGCCAAGAAGAUCUGUCGCGAUGUCGGUAUCGAUGUGACCAAGGUCAUCUCUGGCCCCGAGUUGGAGGACGCCUCGCCAGAGGAGUUUGAACUGAUCGUCGAGGAGUGCACACUCUUUGCCAAGCUUACACCCAUCCAAAAGUACAACGUCGUGCGCGCCCUCAAGCGCCACAAGCACACCGUCGGUUUCCUGGGUGAUGGCAUCAAUGAUGCGCUUGCCCUGCGUGAGGCUGACAUUGGUAUCAGUGUCGACACUGCCACCAACAUUGCCAAGGACGCUUCAGACAUCAUCCUGCUCGAGAAGUCAUUGAAUGUCAUCAACAUGGCCAUCACGACCGGCCGUACCACCCAUGCCAACACCAUCAAGUACAUCAAGAUGGCCGCCUCAUCCAACUUUGGAAACGUGUUCUCUUUGCUUAUCGCCUCUGCCUGGUUGCCAUUCAUCCCCAUGCAGCCACUGCAGCUGCUCACUCAGAACCUGUUGUACGACUUCUCACAGAUUGCCAUCCCCUGGGACAACGUCGACGAGGAGUUCCUCGAGAUCCCGCAUCCAUGGAGUGUGUCCAGUUUGUUCAAGUUUAUGGUGUUCCUCGGCCCCAUCUCAUCGAUCUUUGACGUGACGACCUUCUCAUACAUGUGGUGGUACCUGGGCUGGGACAAUGCCAGCUUCGAGCAGCACUUCCAGACCGGCUGGUACGUCGAGGGCCUGAUCACACAGGUGUUCAUCGUGCACAUGAUCCGUACACAGAAGAUCCCCUUCAUCCAGCGUUGGGGCUCGUGGCAGUUGGUGCUCAACACGGCAUGGGUGGCCAUUGUCGGUGUUGCAAUCCCCUACACGCCACUGGGCAAGCUCUUGCACAUGGAAGCUCUUCCCCUUAUGUACUACCCAGGUCUGGCCGUAUCCUUCUUUGGUUACUUCAUCCUGACCCAGAUCAUCAAGCAUAUUUACAUCAAGUUGUUCAAGGAAUGGUUGUAA